GCUGAAGCACUCAGCUCUCUCACAGGGAGGGGGCUGUGGCUGCUGCUCCAGGUGUGGAGGGGGGCGCAGGCAGGGCAGGCAGGCAGUAGCUCAGCCUUAUACAGCCCCUCAGCAAAGUGUGAUAAAGCACAGAGAGAUUUGCUAAAGCAUAUUAAAAAACAAGCCCUGGUAAACUAGCCCUUAUAAAGGUUUGCCCUAGUAAAAGCACAGCGAAGUGUAAUAAAGCACAUUGGUAAACAAACGUGGUCAUACCAUGUGAACGUUGCUGCUUCCGGAUCAUUGUGUACUUGCUUUUGUCACCCAGGUCUUCUUGAGAAAGCAGUGUGAAAGAAAACGCUUAGCCGACUCGGGUACAGCAUGGGGGGGUGCAAAACUGGAAAAUGCAAAAUGCUUUAGAGAGAAAAGUGUUUUUCUAAUUGUGCGUAUCUUUGUUUUGAAUAUUGCUAGCAUUGCUCUCUUGCAGUGCCUGCUGUAAUUAUUGAUAAAUAUGGCGGUUGUUGACAUUAAACGGAGCAAGGCUUAAUGUCGAUAUUGCCAAACGCUGCUUUUAGCACCACACUGUGUUUAAUAUAUGUACUAAUUCAUUUUACAGCGAUAAAUAUUUACAGGAUUUUUUUAAAACUUUAUUCUAUAAAUUACACUUCCGUACAGAUCGCACUUACCCCCAGCAGUGAACCUGCAGGUUGCUGUGCACGGCCUGUGUGAUAUCGUCCAUGCAAUCGUUAAUCACAGUUUUAAUGUAAACCACACACUGAACCGUGCAAAUAAUAACAGCAACUUCUUGUUUUGAGUUUGUGUUGUUGAGAGAGGGAUUUUUUUUUUUUUUUUUCGUAAAUCACGAUUCGUGUUAGUUUUGUUUUUAUUAUCCAAACAACAUUACCGGCCAUAUUCACUACAUCACAGAAGAAGAUCGGGAAGGGAAAGGGGAAUACACGCCGAUUGUUGGGGUUCUGCACAAAACUAAAUAAAUACAAGUUUAAAGCGAUUAAGAGUAUACCCCAAAUAAUCGCAGACACACGCGAGGGGGUAGAAGGAAAGCCAUGCAAUUUAAGAGCCAGUGUCUGCCUCACGCAAUCUCCUAACCCCUUCUCGUCCCAGUAAUAAUUCCGGCGCUCUGGGGAGAAGAGUUUGAAAAGUUUGGAAACUAUGGGCGUGACGUUUCAGUCUCUUCACAAACACACAGACACUCACAAGCUGGGAGGGGAGGAACUUCGGGAAAAAAAAAAUACUUCGGCUGAAAAUGGCUUCCUUUCCUUUGGAGCCUGCAGCCCAGAAAGAGAGUCGUCCAGCAGAGCCAGCCGCCGCGGACCCCGGGAGCCCCCCAGACCAGGCGGCGGGGUCGCUGGACGAGGCCUCGGAGCGGCUGCUGCAGACUCUGCAGAGCUCCUCCGGGCUGAGUUUCUCCGCGGAGCAGGUUUCGUGCGUCUGCGAGGCGCUGCUGCAAGCGGGCAAUGUGGAGCGCCUGGGCCGGUUCCUCUCCGCCGUCCCCCUCGCCGAGGAGCUGCUACGUGGCAACGAGACUCUGCUCAAGGCCCGGGCGCUGGUGGCUUUCCACCAGGAGGAGUUCAAGGAGCUGUACGCGCUCCUGGAAAGCCACCCCUUCCAGGCAGCCAACCACGCGUUUCUCCAGGACCUGUUCCUGCGAGCCCGCUACAAGGAGGCAGAAAGGUCCCGGGGCCGGUCCCUGGGCGCCGUGGACAAGUACCGUCUCCGCAAGAAGUACCCCCUGCCCAAAACCAUCUGGGACGGAGAGGAGACGGUGUACUGCUUCAAGGAGAGGUCCCGCAACGCGCUCAAGGAUUGCUACAAGAGCAACAGGUACCCGACCCCGGACGAGAAGCGCAACCUGGCCAGAGCCACCGGGCUGUCCCUCACGCAGGUCAGCAACUGGUUCAAGAACCGGCGGCAGCGGGACCGCACGCCCUCGGGGGCCAACAGCAAAAGCGAGUCGGACGGUAAUCCCAGCACGGAGGAUGAGUCCAGCCGAGGAGCGGACGAGCUCCCAACACUCCCAGUGCUCCAGACCAGCGCGGGCCACAUCCUGCUGAACGGGGGCCUCCUGGGGCCCGGGGCCCAGUCGCUGGUGCUGAACGGGGGUCCUGGGGGCGUGAUCAUCAAUGGGCUGGCCCUGGCGGAGGGGCAGACCCUCACUCUCAGCCCCGUCGACACCCCCCUGCUGCUGAACAGAGCCAGGCCACCUGAGGCAGAGGCCCCGCUGCCCACGCUCCUGCUCACCGCUGGGGAGGGCAAGGGCUUGCCAGCCGCCGCCUUCAGUGAGCACAGCCCCGCGGGUCUCCAGAACGGGGGACACCCCGAGAUAGAAGUGCUACAGACGGGCAUGCAGACCUCCACCCCCCCCUCCUCCUCCUCCACCCCUACCCCCUCCCCCUCCUCUUCCAGCACCCUGACUGUCACCCUGGGAUGGACAGGUGUCGGGUCGACCCCUCGAGUCUGGAGACCGGGGGACAGGGAGGCUCCCCCAGUCGAGCAUCGGGGUAGAUCCGUAGUCCCCUCGAUCCAGGGCAUUCCUGUCUCCCAGCUCCCGCCCUCAUCCUCCUCCUCCCCCUCCCCCUGCGCCCAGAUUGUCCCGGCAGCCCCAGUCAGCCCUGCGCUCCUCGGCCAGCCCCAGAGCUUCCAUCUCACCGCGGGGCUCCAGGACACUGCCACAGACCCCCUCGCAGAUCGUCCCCGUCUCCCUGCCCACUCUCUUCUCCUCCACCCCCUCUACCCCGCUCUCCUCCCCCUUCUCUCCUCUUCCACCUCCCCUACUACUGCCCUUUCCCUGCCCCCUCUGUCCUCCUCCCCCUCCACUCCCCUCUUCCUGCCCCAGGUGGUGCCCUGCUCCCAGGCUGUCUCUCUCUCCUCACCUGCUGGCACUCUGCAGAUCCUGGCCAGCGCUCCCAGCACUCCCAGUCCUCUCCAGUUACCCGGUGGAGCCUCUGCUGGGGUGCAGCUCAUUAACCCGGGCCUGUUCCAGCUGCCCUCCGGGGCUCAAGGUAACCUCCUCUUGAGCAACCCAGCAGGGGGCAGCACCAUCCUGACGGGCGUGUCCUUCCAGCCUGGCAAGCUCAUCCUCACUGCCACCUUCCCUGCUGGCAUGCUGCUCCCCUCCCCUGCCCUGCCUCUCAAACAGGAGCCCAGCUCCGGGGGUCUCCUCCUCACCCCGGUCCUUUCCCCGAGCCCAGCCCCCGUCUCUGGGGUGAUCUCUCUGACUCCCUCCUCGUCUUACUCCAGCCCCACCUCCUCUGUCUCAGCAUUUCAGACAGACGGCUCCGUCGCCUUCAUAAACUCUGCCAGCCUGUACCCUGCCGGAGCUCCCUGCACGCUCCCUCCUCCCAGCCCUGCCGCUGGACUCGGGGCACCCCUCACUCCAGAAAGCACCAACAGCCACCACCAUCUCCCAGUCUCGAACUCUCAGCUGCCCCAGGUAGUGUGGAGCCUGCCCAGCUCUUCCCCCUCCUCUCAGCUCCCCCAGGUAGUGUGGAGCCUGCCCAGCUCUUCCCCCUCUACCCAGCUGCCCCAGGUAGUGUGGAGCCUGCCCAGCUCUUCCCCGUCUACCCAGCUGCCCCAGGUAGUGUGGAGCCUCCCCAGCUCUUCCCCCUCUACCCAGCUGCCACAGGUAGUGUGGAGCCUGCCCAGCUCUCCCCCCUCCUCCCAGCCUGGCGCUGCUGCUCUGUUGGAGCUGAGGAAGGGAGAUCAUGUGGGUGAGGGGGAGGGAGAACCCAGGGGUCUGUUGAGUCUGGCUGGGGAGGAGGAUCUACUCCUGGAGGACAGGGGGGGAGGCAGGGGUGCAGAGGAGCCUGAAGACAUGGAGUGCGAUGCCAAGGUGCUGACUCAGCUGCAGCCUGUCCCUGUCGACGUGGAUCUGGGGCUGUAGGAGGGAGGCGUCUCCACCCGGACUGGACUGUAUCUGGGAUUAGCUGGCUCUUUUGAAGUGCAUUUUCCAUUGAGAGGGCCCCUGGGGUGGGGACUGAAGAGAUAUUCCUUCGUCAGGAGACUGGCGAGUUCUUCACAGUUACUGUUCUCCAUGAGAUUUUACUGGGAUUGCAGUCCAGAUUAACAUUGGAUAAACUCCACGCAGACCUGGGUAUGUGAACUAAAGAAAAGUCUCUAUGGGGAUGGAAUUAUAAUCCAGAUUAAGCGUGAGUGUUUGAGAUGAACGAGAGCGGCCAGCAGUAGCGCUGCACAAACCGAUUAGCAGGAUGAAGCUCUCCACUGAAAUCAGGUGCUGACAAUUAUGUGAGGGUCGCUGGUGUCGAUCGGGCUAAUGCCAUUCAGAGUGAAGAAACAGCUGCUUGGGUUUGUGGUGAUCGCUGCUUUUCUUACUCUGUGGAGAACAGAAAUCCAACCAAACCCAAGCAGCUGUUUCUACACGCAUUUCACUUGGGAUGCUAAAUUAGCCUGAUCAACACCGGCGACCCUCACCUGUGGAACUCGAUCUCAAUAAUCCUACAAUCAGUUCUUGCAGCACUAGCCACAACAUUAUAAAUGACUAUUGAAAUGAACCUGGCCAUGCGAACUGAAGAGGAUUCGUCAUGUACGGCUUUGAAUCCUGCGUUUAAUCUAAUAGCAAAACCUGCUUCACUAGAGUCUCCAUCUCUGCAGACCUGGGUAAUAAUCCUAGAGAGGACUCUCUGUCACAGGGGAUUUCAGCACGGAUUGAUGAAAAAAACCUUUUCACUACAGUCCCUUCCAAAAGGACCUGGAUAAUAAACUGGAUGGUGGAGAGCUGAGCACAGUAAGAGCUGCCACCACACUGUAAAGGACAGCCUCCAUUGAAAAGGUUCAUAGAGGUAUAAAUGAAAGGUGUUUCUUUACACAAUACAGUUGUGGUCGAGAUUAGCAUCAAAUAAUCUGAGAUUAGAAAAACCUGUUUCACUACAGUCCCAUUGAAAAGGACUUGGAAGUAUAAACUGGAGAGGAGUUGUCGUCUAUCGGGGUGGGCAGUGAAUGUGGGCGAGCGCUGCCACCACACGAGAAAGGACAGUCUCCAUUGACAGAGGUCCCUUUCAAUAGAUAUGAGCUAAAGAGGUCCUUUUACACAAUAGGAUUACGAUCUGGAUUAACAUUGGAUAAUCUGGGAUUAGCACUACAGACCCCAAUGCCGGGUUUAACACAGUCCAGAUUAACACUGGCUACUCGCUGGACUCCCCCCACUACUCCUCAUUGUCCUUGUUUUUCUUGCUCACAAAAAAUGUUGAUGUCCCUGAACAGAGCCUCGACCCAUCUUCAGAUUUGCGCAAGAGAUUUUAAUGAGCGAGCAAGACAGCUAGCAUACCGUCCCACAAUGGGAGAGACUGGGUUGGGACAUUUCCAUUUCAUUUUACUGAAGACAAGUGCGCAGUGGGACACGGUCUCGCUGCAUUGUUUGAUUGAAUCUCCCAUUUAAAGGAGUCUCUGUCUACUUGUCUUUGUGUCUGUCCAUGUGUAUGGCUGCUGUCAGUUUCAAAGCAUUUGUCGACUGACCAUGGAAAAGUCUGUUAUGCAAAUUAGAUUAGAGAAGCAGACAACGUGUGUGUGUGUCUGUGCUCUGUGUGUUUUCACAGUUCAGUUCUUAGUCACAGUGGGUCAAUUGCAACAAACUUGUAGAUUCAGUACAGAGCUGUGUACUAAAUUGCGGACUAGCUAAUACGGUACAAUGUCAGGAUCAUCCCCAGCUACGUUCUAACUUAGUGCCAGUUGCAAUGAAAAAAGAUGUGGAACAAAGUUGGGGAUUAGCUGAUUCCCCCAGCUGUAGUACAGAGCUCAGGGUAAAGCUCUUUAUUGUAGUGUGCCACAGAACAGGAGCUCCCAGGGGGCGGUGCAUAAUGACUGAGCGCUGGGGUUGGGGGGCAUUAGGUCGGCCAGGGUGUCCUCGGCUCACCGCGCACCAGCGACCCCUGUGGCUUGGCUGGGC